AUGACUCAGGAGAAAAUGCCAGUCCCAGUUGGUGGGGGAUACUCAGGGCCCAGUUGCUGGGAUAGGGUCAAACUGGGCUUCACAAUUGGUUUCUGUGUAGGUAUGGCUUCUGGUGCUCUCUUUGGUGGAUUCACAGCACUUAGGUAUGGACUACGUGGCAGAGAGUUGGUGAACAAUCUAGGAAAAGUGAUGCUCCAAGGUGGAGGGACAUUUGGAACUUUCAUGGCAAUAGGAACUGUAAGACUUCAAAGAAUGCAGACCCCAAACAGAUUGGAUGAUUAUGAGUGGCCUGAGGAGUGGAGAAGGAAGGUGAUAGUCUACUCCAUCUGCGCCGGGAUGACCAACAACGACAUCGUAGACAAAAGAAUUAGGAAGCAGUUAGUGGAUUCAGACUUUGAUGUGGAGGCCAUGGCUGCCAGAAAGACACAAGAUCGAGCUGAACAGAGG